AAGGGUGGAGGAAGGAAUGAAGGGCAUCGAGCGGUGCACAGAAAGGAGAGAGACAAAGUGAAAGAAAGAGAGGGAGAGGAGAGAGGUACCUGGGUAUAUGAUCAUUCCCUUACGUCUGUGCAACUACUGCCUCGUAGCCGACUUAUUUUUUGAUUGGUAGAUAGAUUGUUAAAUAGCUAGAUUAAAACGGCGCGAAGCAGAAAAAGGUAAAAACGAAAUAUCCUACCAUCGAUACAAGAAGCAGCAUCGACAUGUCAGAAAUUGUCCCCCCUGAAGUAAGACCUAAACCUGCCGUCCCAGCCAAGCCCUCUCAUGUGGCACUGCCAUCCAGUGUCCCCUUUGUGACUUCACCCCAGGGAGGAGGGGGUGAUGGUCAAGGGUCAGGUCGAGGAUCUGCACUGCUUGGAUACAUUGGGAUAGACACCAUCAUCGAGCAGAUGCGGAAGAAGACCAUGAAGACGGGCUUUGAUUUCAACAUCAUGGUGGUUGGUCAAAGUGGUCUGGGGAAGUCCACUUUGGUGAAUACUUUGUUUAAGUCACAGGUGAGCAGGAGAAGCACGGGCUGGAGUCGUGAUGAGAAGAUUCCAAAGACCGUAGAGAUUAAAUCUGUUUCUCAUGUGAUUGAGGAAGGAGGGGUGAAGAUGAAGUUAACAGUUGUUGACACACCAGGCUUUGGGGACCAAAUCAACAAUGAUAAUUGCUGGGAACCUAUAUCCAAAUACAUCAAUGAACAGUAUGAGAAGUUUUUGAAGGAAGAAGUGAACAUUGCUCGCAAAAAACGGAUCCCAGAUACCAGAGUGCACUGCUGCCUGUACUUCAUAUGCCCAACCGGACACUCGCUUCGCCAGUUGGAUAUUGAGUUCAUGAAACAUCUGAGUCGUGUGGUCAACAUCAUUCCUGUCAUCGCCAAGUCUGACACCCUCACUCUGGAUGAGAAAACUGAAUUCAAACAGAGGGUGAGGAAGGAGCUGGAAGUGUGUGGGAUUGAGUGUUAUCCACAGAAAGAAUUCGAUGAAGACAUGGAGGAUAAGAGUGAUAAUGAUAAGAUCAGGGAGUCCAUGCCCUUUGCUGUGGUAGGAAGUGAUAAAGAGUACCAGGUCAAUGGCAAACGAGUUUUGGGGAGGAAGACAGCCUGGGGAGUGGUGGAGGUUGAAAACCCAAAUCACUGCGAAUUCUCCUUACUUCGGGAUUUCCUAAUUAGGUCUCACCUCCAGGACCUGAAGGAGGUCACUCAUAACAUUCACUACGAGACGUACCGUGCCAAGAGGCUCAAUGAUAAUGGAGGUCUGCAUCCCAUCUCCUCCUCUGGUACCGACACACAGGAGAGCAACCUGUGAAAAAAAAUGAGCAAAAAAACAAAAGAUAGCUAGUAAAGGCGAAAGAGGAGACAACGAUUACAAAGUUUCAUCUUGUAAUAAUUAAGCUGUGCAUGCUAUGAAGAAGUUUUGUCUUUGUACUCCUUUUAACCCUUUCUGGAACUCGUCGUCAUCUCUUGUCACACAACCUUUAACAAAUUUAUAAAAAGCCUUCCCUUCAGCGAAAACUGCUGAUUAUAGUGAGCGAGAUUGCUUGUACAGGCCUCAUAUAAGGGUAAAUAGUCCUGUGUACAGGCAUUUUUAAACAGAAGUCGUGCCCACGUCCUCUUUCUGAUUCUGAACCUCUCCCUUUGUCCUCCAUGAGAACAUCUAUUAUACACCUUCGAGCAGUUUAAAACAUUUACAUUGGUCAGAACAUUGGAGGAUUGCACUGCCACUGCAGUCUUCAGCUUACUGUAUGGGCCUUAUUUAUUAUAACAAUUAGCACACUUUUAGCACAUUUGCCAUUGCAAGAAAGCACGAAUCUGACAUUCUCAAUGGAGCAUCUCAGUGCUGUUAUACUUUAAUAUCAGCACUUUUGGAGCACCAUUUGUCCAGUCUGAUAAGAGGACUAGAACUAACUGUUGUACAAUACAUUUGAACAUGCAAAGUGUUUAAUAAGUGUUCAUCUCUUAAGGCCUGUAAGGGUACAGCAGUGUUAUUUUAAAUACUCAAGAUUCUGUAGUACUAUAUUAUUUUUACCUUACCAAAGCAAGUCUCAGAGGACUCUGAAGUGAUGAUAGAAGUAUACCCAUACAGAUAAUUCCAAAACAGGUACAAUAGUUUAAAUACAUGCUAGGAUAUACAGGGGCUGAUGCGUUUAGGUGUUGUUUAGCUGUCCUUAACUUCAGCGGCCAAUUACACUUCAAUAAGAAAUGGAAAGAACACUGAUUAAAAUGAUCAGUGUCUUUUAAAAAUCAGAGUUGUGGCUUUGAGAUUUUCCUUCAGCACAUUUUGUAUAAACACCCCACGUGUAUGUGUCUGCUUGUGUGAAUGAGUACAAAAGUUGCAAAAGAUUUCUCAUCAUUCUGCCUAUGGUUACAGUAAUUUCUAACCAUAAUUAGUUUGCAGUUAAUUUUCACUUUUUGUUUUCCAUGUGUGCCAAUGUUACCAUCUGUGUGUACAAUUAAAUACAACAUUCCAGCUCAUAGCAUUCUCCCACAUGAUCUCUGGACAGAUUAAUUCAUUAUCUACAGGUGCAUCUCAAUAAAUUAGAAUGU